UCGCAUCCCUCUGUAUAAUCCACAUCUAGGGCAGGCAGGCUGAGAGGCAAUCCAGUGCUCAGCUCCUCUCUGCAGGCUGAGAAAAGAGAGAGAGAAACAGAAAGAAAACACUGCUUCUCAACACAGGAGGUGAAACAGGAGGAAGAAAACGGGUUUGAAAAAAGGGAAGAGAAAUACAGAGGACGAUUUCAUCUGAGGAUAUCAUUUAUAUAUAUACAUAUUGUUUAUAUAUAUAUUUGUAUACACGCAUAUAGAUAUUUAUAUAUAUAUACAUAUAUCUCUGUAUAUAUCUGUGUAUUUGUGCUAGUCUGUUUAUAUUCAUAUUUUUAUAUGUAUUUGUGUGUGUGUAAAUAUAUAUAAUAUAUAAACAAAUAAAUAUAUAUAUCUAUGAAUUUAUAUACAUAUCACUGUGAAACAAGAGCGGCGAGAGGAAAAUUCUACCAUCGGGGCUGGUCUCUGAUUGUGUGAUCAUAUACAAUAUUAUUUUCUUUGAUCUUCUACGUCAAGAGGAAGGAAGACUACAUACUCAUUGUGAAUUUUGGGGUUUUCCUGUUGCUACCCCCCCCUCGCUCUUUUUUUUUGCAUCUGAGGGGAAUGAAGAGAGGAAAGUAACAGGAUUUGGAGAAAAAAGGAAAAUCAGUUGAAUUGCUGUGAUUAGGGUUAUUUGCGUCAGUAUUAGCGCUCUGCGAGCCGAUCGCAGCGUGCUGCGUGUGAUCUGAGGAGGCAGCAGAGAGAAAGUGCCACACCACGCCGCUCAGCGCAGCACAGCGCCAGCACAGCCAGCAUGCACAAACACCACCACUGCUGCAAGUGCCCAGAAUGUUACGAGGUGACCCGCAUGGCCGCCCUGCGCAGGAUGGACGCCCCUCAGUACCAAGAAUGGCAGACCGAGCCCUAUGGAUACCCGGCCGGGUACGGGCCCGGGGGCGGGCAGACCUUACCCCAGCCUCCAGCCUCGGGCGGAGGAGGAGGAGGAGGCAUGGGAGGAGGAGGGGGCACUCUGGGGAGAAGUAAGGGCAAGAUGAUGUCUUCCGGGGGUCCUGGAGGCCCAAACCCCAAGCUUCAAUCCAAGGGCGGCCCCAAGGUGAAUGGCAACACCGCCGGUGGUCAAGCAGGUUGGUGGCCGGAAUGCACCUGUUCCAACCGGGAGUGGUACGACCAGGCGAACCCUCCCCCCGUCAUCGUCAACGCAGACUCACUGGAUGCAGGCCCUUAUGUAAAUGGCAGUGAUGGGAUGUUUAAAUAUGAAGAGAUCAUCUUGGAGAGGGGUAACUCUGGCCUGGGCUUCAGCAUCGCUGGGGGGAUGGACAAUCCACACAUCCCAGAUGACCCAGGGAUCUUCAUCACCAAGAUCAUCCCUGGAGGAGCUGCAGCUAUGGAUGGCAGGCUGGGGGUGAAUGACUGUGUGCUGCGUGUGAAUGAGGUAGAUGUGUCUGAGGUGGUUCACAGUCGGGCGGUAGAGGCCCUGAAAGAGGCUGGCCCUGUGGUCAGGCUGCUGGUCAGGAGAAGACAGGCCCCUCCUGAGACCAUCCUGGAGAUCAACCUGCUUAAGGGGCCCAAAGGCCUUGGCUUCAGCAUUGCUGGGGGGAUCGGCAACCAGCACAUCCCUGGAGACAACAGCAUCUACAUCACAAAGAUCAUCGAGGGCGGGGCCGCACAGAAAGACGGACGGCUGCAGACCGGAGACCGCCUGCUAGCUGUGAACAACAUCAUCCUGCAGGACGUGCGUCACGAGGAGGCGGUUGCGGCGCUGAAGAACACCUCUGACAUGGUCUACCUCAAGGUGGCCAAGCCCGGACCCGUACACCUCAACGACAUGUACGCCCCUCCGGACUACUCCAGCAGUCUGGCCCUCCCUGCCCUCCCUCCAGCCUUCCCCACCAUGGUGGAUAACCACAUCAGCCACAACUCAGGCAUGGCCUACAUGGGAGCUAUGGAGCCCAAGCCCGUCUACAGCCAGCCCCCCCAGGUCACACCCUCCAGGUACUCCCCAGACCCACGUCACAUGCUGGGGGAGGAAGACUUCACCAGUCCCGCCCUGCGCCCUGACGCUGUCGCUCUGUUUGGCAGGGAGCCGCGGAAGGUGCUGCUUCACAAGGGCUCUACAGGGCUGGGCUUCAACAUCGUGGGCGGCGAGGAUGGAGAGGGCAUCUUUGUCUCAUUCAUCCUGGCUGGAGGACCAGCAGACCUGAGCGGGGAGCUGAGGAGGGGAGACCGCAUCCUCUCGGUGAACGGGGUGAACCUGCGGAACGCCACACAUGAGCAGGCAGCUGCAGCGCUGAAGCGGGCCGGCCAGACAGUCACCAUCAUUGCCCAGUACCGACCAGAAGAGUACAGCCGCUUUGAGUCGAAGAUCCACGACCUGAGGGAACAGAUGAUGAACAGUAGCAUGAGCUCUGGUUCGGGCUCCUUGCGCACCAGCGAGAAACGCUCCCUCUACGUCAGAGCCCUUUUUGACUAUGACCGGGCCAGAGACAGCUGUCUGCCCAGCCAGGGCCUGAGCUUCUCCUAUGGGGACAUCCUGCAUGUCAUCAACGCCUCCGAUGACGAGUGGUGGCAGGCGCGUCUGGUCACGCCCCACGGAGAGAGCGAGCAGAUCGGGGUCAUUCCAAGCAAGAAGAGGGUGGAGAAGAAGGAGCGAGCGAGGUUAAAAACAGUCAAGUUCCACGCCAGGACGGGCAUGAUUGAUUCCAACAGGCCAGUCAAAGUAAAGCGCAAAAAAAGCUUCAACCUCUCACGCAAGUUCCAGUUUUACAAGAGCAAGGAGAAUAUUGUGCAGGAGUUGGUGGAGUCUGAACAAUGCCUGACGUCAAACACGAGCGACAGUGAAAGCAGCUCAAAGGGUCAGGAAGACACAAUUCUCUCAUACGAGCCAGUGAUUCGACAGGAGAUUCAUUACACAAGGCCUGUGAUCAUCUUGGGCCCAAUGAAAGACAGAGUAAACGAUGACCUGAUCUCAGAGUUCCCUCACAAGUUUGGCUCCUGCGUUCCUCACACGACACGUCCGCGGCGGGAGAACGAGAUGGACGGCCAGGACUACCAUUUUGUGGGCUCACGGGAGCAGAUGGAGAAAGACAUUCAGGAUAAUAAGUUCAUUGAGGCAGGCCAGUUCAACGAGAACCUCUAUGGGACCAGCAUCUUGUCUGUCAGAGCAGUGGCUGAGAGGGGAAAACACUGUAUCCUGGACGUGUCUGGAAACGCUAUAAAGCGACUGCAACAAGCACAACUUUAUUCGAUCGCAAUUUUCAUCAAACCAAAAUCCAUUGAAACUCUUAUGGAGAUGAAUAAGAGACAGACAUUUGAGCAAUCCAAUAAAAUCUUUGAUAAGGCAAUUAAACUGGAACAAGAGUUUGGAGAAUUUUUCACAGCCAUUGUACAGGGUGACUCUCUAGAGGAAAUUUACAACAAAAUCAAGAUGAUCAUCGAGGAACAGUCGGGCCCCUACAUCUGGAUACCUUCCUCAGAGAAGCUCUGAGCUCCCAGCUAUACCCCUCUGUGUCAGUGCAGCCCCCCACACCCCGCCCAUCCCCCAAAUAGCUCCUCCCUCCCCCUUUUUUGCCGAUAUGUUUCAUAUCAAGUUUUAGUGUCAUCAUUAUGUUAAUCUCAAAUGAAAAGUCUUAUCACCAUUACUGUGACUGUGCACACCCCUGCAUGAGUUUCUCAGCAAAUCCAUUUAAGACUGGAAAUGCCAUUCCGAAUGAAUUUGUCAUUUUAAAACAAAAAAAAGGGAAAAGGAGAAAUAAUCCUUCUUUUGUGAAAUGGGACUGACAGUUGAAAAUCAGAAUGUUUUACAGACUGUGAGGAGGAGUUUGGGAUUCAGGGGAAGUUGCAGGGGAAUGGAGACUUAAUAACACAAGUUGGAACACUUUGUAAAUGUUCAUCAAAUCACAUUUAAAAAAAGACACUAGAGAAGCAAAGACCACUUAGGAGGGUUUUUUUCUACAAGGACUGAAUAAUAUCAAGCCCAGCUGAUGGUACUGUUGGAGUUAUCUCUCUUGUUUAUAAUUACUGAAGAAAUUGGUGGAGAAGCCUACAGACUGGUGAUCUAUCACAAACCAGCUUGCUAUUUGAUCAGCUGCCAGUUGUUGGUGCUGCUGCAGCUGAUCAAGACCUCUUGGGAGGCAGAACAAAUGAAAGAAAUGAGUUAUGAAUCUACAUUUAUAUAAUGAAAUCACAAGGUAAAUGAACAAAUCCUACUGAGAUUUUACUGCAUAUUAAAAACGACAUUUUACAUUUCACUAGAAUUGUCUACUUGGAGGGCUGUUAGAUUUCAUUCCUUUGUUUUUUUUUUGUGGGAUUUUUUUGCUUGUGGUUUUUAGCUGCUCUGUGUAAAGGGUGGGGGUAGAGAAGUGUAACGGGGCUCUCUGCAAAACACCAAACUGCCUUACAUCAACUACAAAUUGUUAUAUUAUUACCUGUACUUUGUGAGGGAAGCUACAAAUAAUUGACAAGGAAAACAAACAGGACAUUUCUUUUCUGAGUUGUCCUCCUGACUUCCAGGAGGUCUAACUUGUGAGUGCAAUAGACCGAACGCAUAUCUCACCUCUGUGGAUUCCUAUCUUCCCCCUGUAUUUUUAUCCUUUUCCUGUUGUCAUUUAAGAAUUUAUUGGAUUCCAAUUUGGGCAGCCAUAGCUCCCUCACCCAUGUUGAGCAGCAGACCACCCUAUUACACUCUCUGCCUUCCGAGAUGAAUCUUUUUGAUUGAUUGGUCACAUGGUACUGUCCUGUAUAUGCCACCCUGAAGGUGGCCUUAAAACGGGUAGAACAAGACAAAUUGUAUUGGAUGUCCUAACAAUUAAAGAGUCAAUAUAACUGGUUUUUGGAUUGUCCCCCCCAUCCAUAACACUUGAGGGGUUUGAUUAAAACCUAUAUGCUCUGUAUCUAUAACGUUUUUUUAAAUUUGUUCUGGGUAUGUUUUGAGCCACUGUUAUGAACCCAAUGGUAUAUCUGGGGCGAGCUCAGUCAGCUCAAGAAUCUAACGCACCGAUAUAAUUUCCCCCUGCGACUGAAACACCAUGUUUUAAAGGACAAAUUUAAGAGUUCACAGAUGUUAAAUGUGAAUGAAAGAGUAACUGACUGAAUGGUUUGAGAGAUUUGAAAGGCAUUUGCAUUGAACUCUUUAAUAGACAUAAUAGAUCAGCAUAUCUCGUGAAGUUUCGUGAAGACCACUUCUGUGGUAAACCCUUGCCUGAGUUGGCUUUACGGAUUCAACAGGAUUGAAAUAACCUGCUAAAUCUUCCUUUGCAGAUCUUGGCACUGUGUUUAUUUGUUCAUGUGAGGGGACAUGUCUGACUUGUUUAAGAAUACUGUGGCUCCCUACCCUGUGAACAUUUAAUUUUCCACUGUUUUUGGAAGAGGGGAAGGGUUUUCCUCAGAUGCCUGAGAGCCAGACCAUCUUCUGUAUGACCUUGCCCUCUGCCCCCCCCCCCCCCCGAACACCUGUACAUGCAGGCAUUUUCUGAACAGGUGUGCCCACUUGCCAGGCACCACUGCUAAACCAGCUGUCAUUACCUGUGUCAAAACCAGAGUUCAGGGAAUAACCGAAGGGAACAGAGCCAUUUAUAAACUGCUUACAGACUGUUUCAAAGGGUGUGGUAGCUGUCAAAUGUAAAUAUGCCCCCAGCAGAUCCCCCCCUCACCUGUGCUUCAUGCAUGUGUGAAAUAAACUGGGACAAAACAUUUUUAUAGAUCACAAAUGACAGGUAAGUAAACAGAUAUUCCGAGAUAUAAUUUCCAAUUUUUUCAUACAUGUGACGUAAUGUUGGUAUUUCUCUAUAGACAAAUCUUCAGCUGCCUAUUGGAACACUUUUUAGUCCAUUGGGAAUUGAAUUCCCUCAAGUAGGGCCUGUCUACAUGUUAUUUCUUGUGGAAAAUGGUGUAUAGAUUCAAAGAAUGAAGACAAGAUGCAGGCAGCAACCUACAAUAUAUUCCAGAAACCAGGUGGAGCAUUGAUGAAUAUCUUAUUUAGACCUGGUCCUCUGUUUUUAGUUGAAACACAGCUGACUGUUUAACAUAUCUGGUAUUUAUACCCCUCGGUCAGCAAUCAAGUCAAUAAAGCCCAAAUAACUCGAUUUUUUUCAUCCUUUCCAUUGAAGUUGCGGUAUAACAAGAUUGAACCUAAAUGCCCGUGUGUAUAUAAUUGAUGAGGGUCUUUGUUCCAGUGAGAGACAUGAUGAUGUAAGCUUUUCUGGGGGGGGGGGGGGGUUGUUGGGUUCUGGUUUGUCCUUUUGGGUGAUGAGUUGUUUGACAGCACACCUGUGCAGUAAGUGCUUGCGAAUUCUUUGAUUGUACAGUAGUUUCCUUCCUGUCACACUGAAGGUGUUUGAGCCUAUCAGGAUGCUGGGCCAAAUGGUCUUCCCUGUCCUAGUCAUGAGGGAGCACAGUCCUGCAACUUUUUUUGUUUGGGGUUUUCGGUUUGGACUGGACAAGAGUUUGUUUGAAAAUAAAAUGUGACUUGGUUAUGA